GUCCAGGCGGGACGAUGGGAAACGGGAUGUGCUCCCGAAAGCAGAAGCGGAUCUUCCAGACGCUGCUGCUGCUGACCGUGGUGUUCGGCUUUCUCUACGGCGCGAUGCUCUACUACGAGCUGCAGACCCAGCUGCGGAAAGCCGAGGCGGUGGCGCUCAAGUACCAGCAGCACCAGGAGUCCCUCUCCGCCCAGCUCCAAGUUGUAUAUGAACACAGAUCAAGAUUAGAGAAAUCCUUGCAGAAGGAAAGACUUGAACAUAAGAAAGCAAAAGAAGAUUUUCUUGUUUAUAAGUUAGAAGCUCAAGAAACACUAAAUAAAGGAAGGCAAGAUUCCAGCAGCAGAUACAGCGCAUUGAACGUCCAACAUCAGAUGCUGAAAAGUCAACACGAGGAACUGAAGAAGCAGCACAGUGACUUGGAAGAAGAACAUCGCAAACAAGGAGAAGACUUCAGUAGGACCUUCAAUGACCAUAAGCAGAAAUAUCUGCAGCUUCAGCAAGAAAAAGAACAAGAACUUUCCAAGUUAAAAGAAACUGUGUACAAUCUGAGAGAAGAGAAUAGACAACUGAGGAAAGCACACCAAGACAUCCACACGCAGCUUCAAGAUGUCAAGCAACAACAUAAGAACUUACUCUCCGAGCAUGAGCAACUUGUAGUGACUCUGGAAGACCACAGGAGUGCACUAGCUGCUGCACAGACUCAGGUGGCAGAAUAUAAACAACUGAAAGAUACUCUGAAUAGGAUUCCAAGCUUUCGAAAACCUGACCAGGCAGAGCCGCAAAAUGUGACCCAGGCCGCACAUUCUCUACAAGGUGACAGCCCGGCAAGGGAGAGACCAACCCGGGGGCCGCAGGAGAUGUCUCGAAGUGAUGCGUGGCAGAAGCCUGAUGCAGUUCCUGGAAGAACAGAAGAAAUGAAAGCUUACCCUCCCCCUCAGAAGGAGGCAGAAUUCCAAGCCGCUGCAGGGCUGAACCAACAAGAAGUGGAACCCAAAGAGCCCGAGGAGCGUCAGAUGGAAGAGGAGCACCGGAAGGCCCUGGAAGAGGAGGAGAUGGAGCAGGUCGGGCAAGCGGAACAUCUCGAGGAAGAACAUGACCCAUCCCCAGAGGAGCAGGACAGGGAGUGGAAAGAGCAGCGCCAACAGCAAGAGGCAGCCAACCUCCUGGAAGGGCAUGUCCACGCACAGGCGGACCCGUCAGCCAAGCCCGUCACCAGAUUCCGAUCCCCUUACGAGGAGCAGCUGGAACAGCAGAGACUGGCCGCAAGGCAGGCCCAGGAGGCCCAGCGGCUGCGAGAGCACCAGGAGGCUCUGCAGCAGCAGAGGCUGCAGGGGCACCACCAGCCGCAGCUUCUGCCCAGAGAGGGCGGCCAGCAGAGGCAGGCCGGGCACGAGGCCGGGCACGAGGACGGGCAGCAGCGCCAAGAGCAGCUACGGCAGCAGGCUCGUUAUGAUGCUAUGGAUAAUGACAUCGUUCAGGGAGCGGAGGACCAGGGAAUCCAAGAAGAGGAAGGAGGUGCCUACGAAAGAGACAACCAGCACCAAGAUGAAGCCGAAGACCCGGUUGAUGGACGCGAGCCUCAGGAGCACGGACCCCGAGCAGCUGACCCCGAGUCGGAGGCAGAUAGAGCAGUUGAAGAGGAUAUAAACCCCGCAGAUGACCCCAAUAAUCAAGGUGAAGAUGAAUUUGAGGAAGCUGAGCAAGUGAGAGAAGAAAAUCUGCCAGAUGAAAAUGAAGAGCAAAAACAAAGCAAUCAAAAGCAGGAGAACGCAGAAAUGGAGGAGCACUUGGUGAUGGCAGGAAAUCCAGACCAGCAGGAGGACAAUGUUGACGAGCAGUACCAGGAAGAGGGAGAAGAGGAGGUGCAGGAAGAUUUGACCGAAGAGAAAAAAAGGGAAUUGGACCAUAAUGCUGAAGAAACCUAUGGAGAAAAUGAUGAAAAUGCCGAUGAUAAAAACAAUGAUGGAGAAGAGCAAGAAGUUCGAGAUGACAACCGCCCCAAAGGCCGAGAGGAACACUACGAAGAGGACGAAGAGGAGGAGGAAGAUGGAGCUGCCGUUGCUGAGAAAUCACAUCGAAGAGCUGAAAUGUAGCCAUGCCCAGUGCCCAGACAGAGUUCUACCCACGGGUGCUUCUCACGCUGCUCGACAAUAAAUCUGCCUACUGAACUCUAGGAUAUUUAAUUACAAAAAAAAUUCAGAAUUUAGACAUUUUUUAACUUUUGUAUUAGAAAUGCUCUUACAUUUAUAUGAAUAUAUUUUGAUAACCUAGGUUAGAGCUUCUUUUAUAUUCAAUCUAGACAUGCACAAGAAAAAAAAAAGCCAAUAAAGCAAACUAUAGCUUCUGAAACUCAUUUUUCAUAGAUGACGUGUUGUUGGAAAGAAAACUGAUGUUGUACAUGUGUCUUCUUGUUACUUUUCUGUCUUCUAGUUACCAGGUACUCUCUUGUUUGAUAAAAUACAGGAGUUACGGAUAGGAGGGACUGCCAGGUGCCAUGGAGACUUUGAGGAGGAGGCCAGUUUGCUAAUUGCUUGCCCUUCCAGGGUCCUUAGGCAUAGUUCUGAUAAAAUUCUCACCAGCCUGCUUAUCUGGAAUGAGAUCAAGCUACACAGUGGUAUUUCCUUGUAUAAUUAGAACCAUUAUUUUGUUACAGAGUAAAUAUAUUGUUUUUAGACUCUUGAGAUCAGUGAGAAGUGAUUGGAAAAUCAGUUCUGUUUGAAAGAAAUUGAAUUUAAAAGUGAGAUAGUACUAAAGUUUACAUGGCAAUAUCCUGGACUUGAUCAGAUAUUUCAGUAGUCUAACAAGUUAUGACACCUCAACCUAUUAACUUUUUGGAAGGACUAAUGGCUUGUUUAAAGACUAAUUCAGUUUGUAUGUGUAGGGUUUAAAUGAAGAGCCAUUCACAAGUUUUUUCCCUGAAUUGAGAUCCUUGUUUCAGUUUCUAACUCUCUGUAGCAAUAUGCAUUUCUCCUUUAAGCUCUGUGCCUCGCCAUGUAAUCACUUUGAUGACAACUACAAAUAUGAAAGCAUACCAGAAUGCUCAGUUUGGUAACAUUAUUUUUCAAAACUUUAAGGCGAAAUAUGUAUGUGGUAAUGUAAUAGACCCUAAUGACUUCUGUUUGCUGGGAUUGGACCUGACUUUUGCCUAUGUAUAAGGCAUCUUAAUGACUAUGAAUUAUUAAUUAGCCCCUUAAAAUAAGAAAAUUAGAAGUCAAAAAUAUCCCUUGAAUUGGAGACAUAUUUUAGUUGCAAGCAUAAAAUACUUCAAAUAUAUAGAGCUAGGUAAUAUAAUUCAUGUGUGUGUAGUUUUGUAAUAAUGCUCUCAAAUUAGUAAAAAUAUUUCAUUUUCUACCAUUGUCGUAUGAAUGUAAUUUUAUUUUUUAAUAACCAUGCCUAGGUAUGGUUCUGAUUAUCCCAGUUGAGUGAUUGUGUUAAGUAUGCAUAAGAAUGUUUUGUUCAAAUGUGUUUUGGAUUUCCAAUAAUCAUAAAUCAAAUUUUACCUUUAUGUAUAAAACCCUUUAUGUAAUGUAAAAUGUAUAAUAUUGUACAUAAUAUUCAGAAUACAAUUAUUUUGGUAAAUUAGUUUGUAUUUUUAAUGUCCCAGUUGCGGUAUUUAAUUAUUUGAAGCAUAUUGAAACUUGGUAAUAGUCAAUAAAGCUAUAAAAAGCAAGUGGUAAA